CAAAACAAGUCUCAAGGAAAGCAUUCCUCCGAGAACCCAAACAAAGGGCAGCGCUUUCAAUACUCUCUCUCAAUCUCUCACUUCCAUUGGCGCUGAACACAAACAAUCCCAGCUCGAAGUGGCGGCCACCUGCUUUUUCCAAUUUUUGGGUUUUGAUUCAACUGACACCCAUGGGACCUCUGAGAGGGAAUAAAAAGAAAAGGAAAGUGGAGAAGAAAGCUGAAGACAAUUCUUUGGUUUCUGGGUCUUCAGAAGAGGGCUCUACUGACUCUUGGGAUAUUUUAUCAAAGAUAAUUGCUGGCAAUCCUUCGUCUUCACAGCUAUUGGACAAGUUCAAAUCUACUUUCAAAGUGUCCAGAAAAACUUUCGAGUAUAUAUGUUCACUAGUAAAGGAGCAUAUGACGGCUAAAACACAUUUUGCUUUUACAAAUGGCAAGCCAAUGUCAUUAAAUGAUCAGGUGGCCUUAGCACUAAUAAGGCUUGGCUCUGGGAACUCAUUAAUCUCAAUUGGGGACUCAUUUGGGGCACACCAUUCAACCGUCUCUCAGGUGACAUGGCGCUUUGUUGAGGCCAUUGAAGAAAAGGGCCUUCAGCACCUCCAAUGGCCUUCCACAGAACAAGAAAUUACAGAAAUAAAAAGCAAGUUUGAGAAAAUCCAAGGCCUCCCAAAUUGUUGUGGUGCAAUCGACACCACUCAUAUAACCAUGCUGUUGACCUCAUCUGAUCCGGAAGCCAACACCUGGCUUGAUCGCAAGGAGAAUCACAGCAUGAUCCUGCAAGCAAUUGUCGACCCUGAUCUGAGGUUCCGGAACAUAGUCACUGGAUGGCCUGGAAAGAUGAAUGACUCUUCAGUUCUCCAGAGUUCAAAUUUCUUCAAACUGUGCCAAAAAGGAGAGAAGUUGAAUGGGAACAAGAUCCAUUUAUCGAAAGAAACAGAGUAUAUAAUUGGUGACUCAGGGUUUCCAUUAUUGCCUUGGCUUGUGACUCCAUAUCAAGGGAAAGAACUUUCUGAAACUGAAGCAGAGUUCAAUAAGAGGCUCCUUGCAACACAUGUUGUCGCUCAAAGGGCACUGGCAAGAUUAAAAGAUGUUUGGAGGAUGAUCCGAGGGGAAAUGUGGAGACCCGACAAGCACAAGUUGCCUAGGUUUAUCCUCGUCUGCUGCAUUCUCCACAACAUCGUCAUAGACAUGGAAGACGAAGUUUCAGAUGAUUUGCCCUCACCCUCCUCUCUCCACCAUGAUCCAGGAUACAAGCAAGAGGUUUGCGAAUCCAUUGAUAAAGCAGGUUCGAUUUUGAGGGACAAGCUAUCUAUGUAUUUUUCAGGUAAAUAGUUAUUGCUGAACAAAAUCAUUCAUGUUCGGGACUGAAGUGACCCUCAGGGAGGGACACAAACGAUAAGCAGCUAAGAAGCGACUUGACGGUGUAGCUACUGGCUGAGCCCGAAAUAGGUAGGCUAAAGAGCUUACUCCGAUCGGAAAUGUAUUUUCUUCUCAAGUAACUUUGAGGGGGCUGUUGAAAUACUAGGUAGACCUGUGAGCGUACAAGGGCAACUACUUUCAGACAGGACUAAACUAAAGUUUUAGCAUUA